GCAAAGACUACAUUUAUGGAAAUUUUAGAACUGACCACAUAUUUGGAAGGCCUCAAAAGUCAGACUCAUUUUGAUGAUAUGAGGUCAAACUACAUAAGAGAGCUGGCCAAGGCUAUUGGCUUAAGGCACAAGGGUGUGAUUGCCAGCUCCCAGCGUUUCUAUCAACUAACCAAACUCAUGGACUCCAUGCAUGAACUUGUAAAGCAGCUCCACCUGUAUUGUCUCAACACCUUCCUGCAGUCUCGAUCGCUUAGUGUGGAAUUUCCUGAAAUGAUGUCGGAAGUGAUCUCUGACCAGUUACCCAAAAUCCUAGCGGGGAUGGUAAAACCAAUUAUAUUUCACAAAAAGUGA